CUUUUUUUUUUUUUUUUUAAAUCACAAAACCAUGUGACUUUUCUGAAUUCCUCCUGUGCUCUUUCAGUUUCACGUUCACCCUGUCACUGGAAUAGAGAGGGGUGUAUGAAAUGCUGAUUAAAAAUCAUUCAGAAUUAAAGUCUGUAAGAUCUGAGGAACAUCAAGGAGCUGGGGAAAAGCUUUAAUGCCCUGAAACAAAACUGAAAAAUGUAAUGAAAAACAAACAAAGAAAAAGACCUUCUGUUAGACUCUGAGGAGGGAGAAGCUGGGAACUCCCCACAGACUGGCUCUGCUGAGAAGUUUCUGCCAGUUUAAACAGAGAAAGAGUUAAGCUAUGCUGGAUUUCUAGGACCCAGCCGCAUGAUGGAGGAGGAUUCCCCCUCCCCCAAAUCCUGCUCUUCAGCUGCAUAGUCUGAUGGCUGAAGAGUCACAUGUUAUAAGGAAAAUGAAGGUUUCCUUCUUCCCUCAUGGCCCUGUAAUGAGUUCCUCUCUGCCUGGCUACAUCAUGUUCUUCAUUAUUCUGUCCGUUCACAAAGGGGACUCAGCUCAAUUUAAAGUGAUUGGACCUGACCACCCUAUCAUGGCCACUGCAGGAGAGGACAUUGUGUUACCCUGUCACCUCAGCCCCAGGGUAAGUGCUGAGAACAUGGAGGUGAGAUGGUACCGGUCCCAGUUCUAUUCACCUGUGCACCUUUAUCGUGAUGGGGACAAUCAGAAUGAAAGGCAGAUGCCAGAUUAUCAGGGAAGGACAGAAUUUCUGAGAGAUGACAUUGCCAAUGGAAGCGUUGCCUUGAGAAUACGCCAUGUCAGACCCUCUGAUGAAGGACAGUACAGGUGCUUUUUUCGAUCAAGUGUUUUUCAUGAAGAAUCCCUGUUGGAACUGAAAGUAGCAGGUCUGGGCUCUGCUCCUCUCAUCUCUGUUGAGGGUUAUCAGGAUGGAGGGAUUCGAAUGGUGUGUCGAUCAGCUGGGUGGUACCCAGAGCCUGAGGUGCUGUGGAGAGAUCCCAGUGGACAGCCUUUAACGUCACUGUCAGAAACAAAACCCCGCGGGGCUAAUGGCCUGUUUGAGACACAGAGUUCUAUCAUUAUGUCAGAGACUUCUAACCAGAGCCUGUCCUGUCAUAUCAGGAACACACUCCUCAACCAAGAAAAGGAGUCGACAGUUUAUAUAGCAGGUCCUUUUUUCCCAAGGGUGUCUCCCUGGAUGGUGGCUCUGUGCGCGCUCCUGGUUAUUGCCUUUGUUUUGAUAGGCAUUGCUGCUUUUCUCUUCAAGUUAAGAGGAAACCUUCAUGCAAAAAUCAGGAAGAUCCAGGCUGAAAAACGGAAACUUCUUGAAAAUAUCAGUGAACUCCAAGAAGAAAUUAGGAGAUUGCAGGCAGAAAUUGGGAAACACCUUGACAAUAUCAGUGAACUCCAUGAAGAAAUUAGGGCACAUCUUGAAAAUAUUAGUGAACUGAAUGAAAAAAUUAGUGGACUUCAAAGAGAACUUGAAUGGAGAAAAGCCCUAGUUUGUCCAACGAAUGUAACCCUGGAUCCAAACACAGCAAAUGCCCAGCUCAUCAUAUCUGAGGAUCGGAAAAGCGUGAGGCGUGGAAUUGCACGGCAGGAGGUGCCGGACAAUCCAGAGCGAUUCCAUUCUUUCUGUUUGCUGGGCUGUGAGAGGUUCACCUCAGGGAGACAUUACUGGGAGGUGGAGGUGGGAGAUGGAGGAUUUUGGGCUGUGGGUGUUGCCAGAGAGUCUAUGAGGAGGAAGGGAGGGAUCAGAUUUAACCCUGAGCAGGGGAUCUGGGCUGUAGAACGGUGUGGGGAUCAGUACCGGGCUCUCACCUCCCCGGAAACUCCCAUGCCCCUGAGUGAGAGACCUAAGAAGAUUGGGGUUUAUCUGGACUAUGAAGCGGAAUUGGUGGCAUUUUAUGAUACUGGUAAUGAGACCCUGAUCUUUACUUUCAUGUCAGCAUCUUUUACUGGGGAGACAAUCCUUCCCUUCUUCUGGGUGGGGAUUGGAGUCCUGCUCAAAGUCUACCCAUGAGGCCUGGAGAUGGGGAGGUAGCAAUAUCCCACUGAGGUUCACUCUGUUUGUGGACAAGAAAUGGACUGAACUAGUUGUUGUCCUGGGGACAGCUCAGAUGGUUUAAAACACACUGCUGUGGUUCUAGAGAGGGGGAUUGGGGAGACAGAGAAGAUGGGGGGUUGUAGGGAGCAUAGGCACCGACUCUGUGGGUGCCGCAGGGCUUGAGCACCCACAGGGAAAAGUUAGUGGGUGCUCUUCACCCACCGGAAGCCAAGCUCCCUUCACCCCCCACCCAACUCAUCUCCUCCUCCUGCCCUGAGCACGCCGCAUCCCCACUCCUCUGCCUACCUCCUAGUGCUUGCUG